GGGGCCGCGUGGUCCCGCCGCCCGCCCGGAAGCUCCGCGACCCCGUCGUCUGCCGSUCUCGGGCGCGCGCCUCAGCGUGGGACCUCGGCCCGUCGCGCGGUUGUACUGAGCGUGAAGAGUCGCGGGGACAGAUGAUAAUCGUGCGGUGUGCUUUCCUUCCGACCGCGGCGUUAGCAAAGCCAGAGGAGACCAGGAGGACCGCGCCUGCUCCUUUAAGAUCGACUCCUGGCCUCCCCUGGAGGACAAUAUCGUGGUCACAAAGCACCUGUUCUAGUCCCGUCAUCUUUCCUAACAUUUAAYAGAUGCAGAGAUUCCAGUUGUGAUCAAGUUGGGAGACAGCCUCUUGUUCUUUUCCCAUGAGGAACAGCCUUUAUGAACAGCAACACUGAAAGAACUGUUUUGGAAAACGACUCAUGGCUUGGAGCCUAGGUUGGAAAGUUCCCAGGAACCAUUGGGGUCUCCUUCUGAAGACUAUAAGAGGCAGUGGUUUUCUCCUGUUACCCUGGGGUUACUGUCCCUGGAGAAGAACAGGAAGCUUUUUGGACCAUGGAAUGAAAGCUUUCCUGGAGGAGAACACUGAAAUCACCAGCAGYGGCAGCCUCACCCCUGAAAUCCAGUUGCGGCUUUUGACCCCUAGAUGCAAGUUCUGGUGGGAAAGAGCUGACCUGUGGCCCCACAGUGAUCCUUACUGGGCAAUCUACUGGCCAGGAGGCCAAGCCUUGUCUAGGUAUCUUUUGGAUAAUCCUGAUGUUGUCAGAGGAAAAUCUGUAUUAGAUAUUGGAAGUGGAUGUGGAGCUACAGCUAUUGCUGCUAAGAAGAGUGGAGCAUCUAGGAUCUUGGCCAAUGACAUAGACCCGAUUGCAGGACUGGCUAUUACACUAAAUUGUGAAUUGAACCAACUGGAUCCUAUUCCCAUUUUAACCAAAAACAUUUUGAAUUUGGAACAAGAUAAGUGGGAACUUGUUGUACUUGGAGAUAUGUUUUAUGAUGAAGAUCUUGCAGACAGUCUUYAUCAGUGGUUGAAGAACUGCUUUUGGACCUACGGAACUCGAGUACUGAUUGGUGACCCUGGACGGCCCCAGUUCAGUGGACACAGCAUUCAGCAUCAGUUGCACAAAGUAGUAGAAUAUUCACUUCCAGAGGCUACCAGGAAGGAAAACAAUGGACUAACAACAAGCACAGUGUGGGAUUUUCGGCCUUGAGUUAUCAAAGUGCUUUCAAAUAUGAAUGUUGUUCUGUUUGGAUUAAAUCCUGAAYGUUUUGUCUACAGAAGAUAAUUCUCUAUUUUAAAGAAUGUAGUUCCCAUUAAAUGGAAAAUUUUGUUUAUAAAACAUGAAGGUUUAAAAUGUUGCCAGCCUUUAUCAUUAACUAAUUCUUUAYUUCUAUGCAUGCCAAUUACAGAAAUCUCUAUCUGCAAUUUUUCAUCUAGUUUUUUGGAAUAUGAUUAUAGAAAGCAAUACCCAUUAGUGGUGGUGUGCAGUCCAAAUGGUGGAGAAGAAUUAGCUACUGUAGCACGAUCUGUUUCUAUAGAUGAGUAAGAACAUUUAUUUAAUUGGUACUGGCGAUUGAA